CUCCCUCUUAAGCGCCUCCCGCCGGGCCGUCGCUCCCGCUCGCGGCGCCCGCUCCCGCCCCGCCUUCCUUACCUCCCCGGGUCCUCGCGGCUCGCGUGGCCACCCCGCAGCCCCCGCCCAGGUGCCAUGGCCGCUGUGUACCGCCCCGGCCUGCGGCUUAGCUGGCCUGGGCUGAGCCCCUGGGGCUGGUCAUCCUGGCGCAGCAUCCAGACCCUGCGGGUACUCAGUGGAGAUCUGGGCCAGCUGCCUGCUGGGGUUCGAGACUUUGUGGAACGCAGUGCCCACCUGUGCCAACCAGAGGGCAUCCACAUCUGUGAUGGCUCUGAGAGUGAGAACACUGCCACACUGACCCUGCUGGAAAAGCAGGGACUUAUCCGAAAGCUCCCCAAGUACGACAACUGCUGGCUGGCCCGCACAGACCCCAAGGAUGUGGCACGAGUAGAGAGCAAGACGGUGAUUGUAACUCCUUCUCAACGGGACACAGUGCCCCUCCCCGCCGAUGGGGCUCGUGGGCAACUAGGCAACUGGAUGUCCCCAGCUGAGUUCCAGCAAGCUGUGGACGAGAGAUUCCCGGGCUGCAUGCAGGGCCGAACCAUGUACGUGCUUCCAUUCAGCAUGGGUCCCGUGGGCUCCCCACUGUCCCGCAUUGGGGUGCAGCUCACUGACUCAGCCUAUGUGGUGGCAAGCAUGCGCAUUAUGACCCGGCUGGGGAUGCCCGUGCUUCGGGCCCUAGGAGAUGGCAACUUUGUCAAGUGUCUGCACUCGGUGGGCCAGCCCCUGACUGGGCAAGGGGAGCAGGGGAGCCAGUGGCCAUGCAAUCCAGAGAAAACCCUGAUUGGCCAUGUGCCUGACCAGCGAGAGAUCGUCUCCUUCGGCAGCGGCUAUGGUGGCAACUCCUUGCUGGGCAAGAAGUGCUUUGCCCUUCGCAUCGCCUCUCGGCUGGCCCGGGAUGAGGGCUGGCUGGCAGAGCACAUGCUGAUCCUGGGUAUCACGAACCCGAUGGGGAAGAAGCGCUACGUGGCGGCAGCCUUCCCCAGUGCCUGUGGCAAGACUAACCUGGCCAUGAUGCGGCCAGCACUGCCGGGCUGGAAAGUGGAGUGUGUGGGGGAUGACAUUGCCUGGAUGAGGUUUGACAGUGAUGGUCGACUCCGGGCCAUCAACCCUGAGAAUGGCUUCUUCGGGGUGGCCCCUGGUACCUCUGCCACCACCAAUCCCAAUGCCAUGGCCACAAUCCAGAGUAACACUCUCUUCACCAAUGUGGCUGAGACCAGCGAUGGUGGAGUAUACUGGGAGGGCAUUGACCAGCCCCUUCCACCUGGUGUCACCGUGAUCUCCUGGCUGGGAAAACCCUGGAAACCUGGAGACAAAGAGCCCUGUGCACAUCCCAACUCUCGCUUUUGUGCCCCGGCUCGCCAGUGCCCCAUUAUGGACCCGGCCUGGGAAGCCCCUGAAGGUGUCCCCAUCGAUGCCAUCAUCUUUGGAGGCCGCAGACCCCAAGGAGUACCCCUAGUAUAUGAGGCCUUCAACUGGCGCCACGGGGUGUUUGUGGGCAGUGCCAUGCGCUCGGAGUCCACUGCAGCGGCAGAACACAAAGGGAAGAUCAUCAUGCACGACCCAUUUGCCAUGCGCCCCUUUUUUGGCUACAACUUUGGGCGCUACCUGGAACACUGGCUGAGCAUGGAAGAGCGCAAGGGGGCCCGGCUUCCCCGCAUCUUCCACGUCAACUGGUUCCGGCGGGACGAGGCAGGCCGCUUCCUGUGGCCAGGCUUCGGAGAGAAUGCUCGGGUGCUAGACUGGAUCUGCCGGCGACUAGAGGGAGAGGACAGUGCCCAAGAGACGCCCAUCGGGCUGGUACCCAAGGAAGGCGCCUUGGAUCUCAGUGGGCUGGGAGCUGUAGACACCACCCAGCUGUUCUCACUCCCCAAGGACUUCUGGGAACAGGAGGUUCGUGACAUUCGGAGCUACCUGACAGAGCAGGUCAAUCAGGAUCUACCUAAAGAGGUGUUGGCUGAACUGGAGGCCCUGGAGGGACGUGUGCGCAGGAUGUGACCUGAGGCUCCAGGCUAACAAGAAAGCACAGCAUCCCCCAUCCCUUCCUACCCCUCAUCUAGGGAUAGGAGAGCCACCAGGCUUGCAGAAAAUAUGAGUAAUUUGAUAUAACUGACAUCUGGGUGCCAUGAAACCAGGCCACAGACUUCCUCUGGCACUCUGUCCAAUAAGAUGCUCAUUUAUUUUCCACAACUUUCUUGCUGUUUUCAUUCCUGCCUGUCUUCACGGGCUUCUAACAUCAAUUUCACAGUCGUCUUGCAGCCCUCCAGGCAGGCAGCCUGGCCUGGCACAGCCUCGUGGUUUCCAGGACCUCACAGGCAGCUCUGCCAUUGGGCCUUAGAUGUAGGAAUUUCUGGGAGAAGGCACAUCAACUCUAUGUUCCGAGGUCUUAAAAAGAUGGGGCUUCUGUGAGCUGCUCAGUCUAGCUUCUAGGCCUAAAGUUCUUGAUCUCCUUCUGUGAGAUGCAGAAGCCUCUAUAACCCCAUUCCCGCAGUUCCAUUGUCAGUUGUUAAACCUGUUCUUCCUCGUGCCUGACCUGAAAUUGGGACUCCCAAAGCAUACAUGAAAACGUAUUCAAUAUUAAGACAGCUAACACUUCUAUAGUACCUUCUAUGUGCCGGGUACUGUUCCGAGCAUGUUACAAAACAACACUUUGAAGCAAGUACCACAUUACAGAGGAAGAAACAAAGGCCCAAGGAGGUCAAGUAAUUGUCCAAGCCCACACAGUGAACAGUAGAGCCAGGGUAAAGAGUAACUGCAUAGACAUCUCUCAUAGCAGCAGCAGACUUGUAGAACUAGAAGGACUUGGGCAGCCCGGGUGGCUCAGCGGUUUAGUGCCGCCUUCAGCCCAGGGUGUGAUCCUGGAGACCCAGGAUAAAGUCCCACAUCAGGCUCCCUGCAUGGAGCUUGUUUCUCCCUCUGCCUGUGACUCUGCCUCUCUCUCUCUGUCUCUCAUGAAUAAAUAAAUAAUAUCUAAAACAAAAAACUAGAAGGACUUUAGAUGUCCCCCAUCCCAUGCUUCUCAAACUUAAAAGUACAUAUGAAUCACCUAGGGAUAAAAUGCUCAUUCAGCAAGUCUGAAGUGGCCAGAAGAUUCCGUUCCUCUUACAAUCUCCUAAUUGAUGCUGAUGCUGCUGAUCUGGGCACCAUAGUUGAAGUGGCAAGGCCUUGGCCUAAAUCCUCAGAAAUCAGCUUUAGAGGGAAACCACAAAGAAAGCGAUGAUCCUCCAUAAAUCAGGGGCACCGGCUAAGGGAUAACUUCACCUCUGAUCUGAAUCAGGUUGAGUGACGGUAUAAGUUUGGGAAGAUGGAAAUCUGUACCCAGAAAAUGAGAAUAAACUUCAACAAA